ACAGAGACAGACCAGUUCACAGCUGCUACAGCUACAUAUACAGAGGUUAGAGACACUUCAGAGCUGCAGAGUUUACAUGUAGAGAGAGCUGCUGGACAGACAGACAGACAGACAGACAGACAGACAGACAGACAGACAGACAGACCUCUUCAGAGCUGCAGAGUUUACAUGUAGAGAGAGCUGCUGGAUACACAGACACACAGACAGACAGACAGACAGACCUCUUCAGAGCUGGUGGUGGAGAGAACAUCGCUAGACUGCUAGGCAGCAGCUAUGGAAGGAUUCUUCAGAUCUGCCUUUACAGAGAAGACUCCAAGGGGUGUGGGCAUCAAGCCAGGCAACACUCCCAAGGGCCAUCCCCCUGAUGGACACUCCUCAGUCACCGAUCUGGCCAACUCAAUCACUGGAGACAUGGUCAUGCUGUCCCCGGGCUCAGAGGAUGAUGAUGGUGAAGGAGCUAUUAGUGAGAAGCUGGGCCGGAUCCAGUUCUCUGUUGGUUACAGCUUCCAGGACUCCACACUGACCGUCAAGAUCCUCAAGGGCCAGGAGCUACCUGCAAAGGACUUCUCUGGCACCUCUGACCCCUUCGUCAAGCUCUACCUGCUGCCGGACAAGAAGCACAAGCUGGAGACCAAGGUCAAGAGGAAGAACCUCAACCCUCAAUGGAACGAGACCUUCCUGUUCGAAGGUUUCCCAUACGAGAAAGUGAGGGAGAGGACUCUGUACCUGCAGGUGUUGGACUUUGACCGGUUCAGUCGUAACGACCCCAUCGGGGAAGUUUCCAUCCCUCUCAACAAGCUCAGUGACCUGGGACACAUGCAGACCUUCUGGAAGGAACUCAAACCAUGCAUGGAUGGAGCUGGGAGGCGAGGGGACCUGCUAGUGUCUCUGUGCUAUAACCCAACAGCCAACACCAUCACUGUGAACAUCAUCAAAGCACGCAAUCUCAAAGCCAUGGACAUAGGAGGGACAUCUGACCCCUAUGUGAAGCUGUGGUUGAUGCACAAGGACAAGCGUAUUGAGAAGAAGAAGACUGUGACGAUAAAACGUUGUCUCAACCCCGUUUUCAACGAGUCUUUCCCCUUCGAGGUUCCAGCACAUGUCCUCCGGGAGACCACCAUCAUCAUCACCGUCAUGGACAAGGACCGGCUCAGCCGCAACGAUGUCAUUGGCAAGAUCUACCUAUCAUGGAAGAGUGGUCCGGCGGAAGUGAAACACUGGAAGGACAUGAUGGGCCGGCCACGUACUAAUGUGGCCCAAUGGCACGCUCUCAAGGCCUGAUCGUCCUGCCCACUCUCUUCCAUGGCCCCGCACCCUCCCCCUUCCUUCAACGUCCAAUCCCCAUCCUUAUGCACAAGACUGACUAGCUGCCAGGCUGCGAAACACGGGUACAAUUAGCCAUCCGCUCUAUUGACCUUUAAACCAAUCUGCUCUCUUCUCCUCUCUUCUUCACUCCUUUAUCUAAUCUCUCUAUCUGUUUUGUUCUGCUUCUCUUCUCUCUU